AUGUCAACUGCUGUUGAUGGCUUUCAAGCCAAGUUUGAGCACAUGGAACGUCGACGGCCUAUUCCGGCCGCAAUAUUUUGCGACGAAAGCCUGGUCGACGCACUAAGAAAGCUCGACGUGGACCACGAACCCGCUACCGAAGCCUCGAAGAGCGGCAAAGCGACGUUCGAGCCGCCCGAAACCUCUUGUCCAGCACCACCCUCUGCACUCCAAAUUGACUCUCUACCUUCCACGCCCAUUGCGGGUACAAUAGCGCUUCAAUCUGACGAUACUCCCGGCGUAGACUCUGGCUAUGCAUCCCACGCCAGCAGCAACCCAGGAAGUCGAGAAGACAGCACGUCCACCAAAGCGGGCAAGUUCUUCGGCGAUUUUCUGACGAAGAGCAAGACCAAGUUACGCCCAUAUGACAACGACAUACCAGAUACGGUUCGUGACCGAUUUCUUGAUCUGACCGAAUUGUUUAAUGAGCCUCUCCUGCUCCACCUAGGUCGCAAAAGGCUUGAUGUUCGCUCCAUCACGAUUCGACUCAAGUGCCUGGGGACGGACGAGCACUCUGCUAAACCAUGGAUCGUUGUGUUAUGUAACCCAGCGCUUGCGAAGGAAGUACGGCGGUACUUCAAUCAAAAACGAGUCAGGGAGGAGCUCCAACCCAACGAUCCAGAUCUUCCCUCACUGCAAGUAAUUGUCGAUAGUCGUCCACUGAUGACAACUGUCAACAACGAGGCACUAGACGCCUUUGGUGAAUGUUGGGACAGCAUUGAGGAGUUUGGAACGCUCUGUGGAACACCGAUCAAAAUAAUGAAAGACACGGAAGAGCUAUAUGCUACCAUCGGUGGCGUCAUUGAGGUUGUCGGCGAAGACCUGACUCCUCGCAUGUUUGCCAUGACAGUAGGUCAUAUACUCGCUGAUUCGGCACAGGAGACAAUCAUACCUGGAUACACCGACACCAGUGAAGUUGAUUCAGCAGAAGAUGUUUGCUCAGUCAAUAGCGAUUUUUCUGAUGACGCACUCGAGGAGUACGAGAUGGACCUCUCUGAAACGGAUCCAAGCGAGGAGAUUGUGACGGAAAAGGCUCCUCAUGAUUUUGAUCUGUCGACAGGCCAUGGAGAUGCUACCAAAAACGAGUUCAGCUGGUCGAGAUUUGGCAAAAUCAUCAGCUUUCACGCCCUGACAGACGAAGCGACCGGUAAUUUCGAUUGGGCAUUGAUAGAGCUCGAUGACGAGGCGCGAUACCUGCCAAACAAGGUCUUACGGCAGAGGCAUAUUACUAUCACCGACCUAGCCUUUUCCGCCGACCUUGUUCCUAGGAACAAGAGGACUCUAUCAACCGAAGACCACCGUUUAUGUCUGCUGAAUGGUCGAAAGCAUUUACAAGGAGUUCUUAGCAAGGAACCUACAUAUGUUCUGCUGACUCCAGGUACACGUAUGGUAGAAGCGUUCACUAUACGUUUAGACAAGGAUAAGGGCGUAACGAAAGGAGACAGUGGAACUUGGGUCGUUGGUGUCCAUAAUGGCUUGUUCUAUGGUCACGUUAUUGCCACGGAUAUCUUCGGAGACGUUUACAUGGUGCCGAGUUAUGGUAUAUUACGAGACAUCCAAGAUCGUCUAGAUGCAGUCAGGGUAUCGCUCCCAGAGAGCUCCAACGAAUUAACAUUCAAAUCUCAAGAACAUUUCACGGAGGGAAAAUCGAUACCUGUCGAUCCUGACGUAUCCUCCUCAUUUCCCGCGCCACUGGCCAUGAGCGAAGACCAUCGUCCCCGGGCAGCUACAUGCGAGGACUGGGAUGAAGCUGCUCAGAACACUGUACCAGGCUCCCUCAUCACUGCCAACAUGGGGGUUAAACGCGACCAAGUUUUGACCUUCAUCGGUGAUGGCCACCCCUACCCCUUUGUCACUACAAUGACCAGGAACGAACCCCCCUUUUGUGUCGACCUCGAUGAAGAUGCGCAGACCACUCUGUCGGGUUUCCGAACCAGGACCGAUGUCUCCUUCGGAAGCGAUCGAGAUUCACUUUCAGGAACUCGGCGGAAGUCGUAUGAGAGUGAUGGAGUCGACUCAGGUUAUGCAAGCAAAGCGACCUCUCGUAACUCUUCGGGUCGUUCAGGAACGCCCAACUUGAGGGUCGACGUCUUGGGUAUUCGCGAGAGAGAACGUGAAUCUUAUCAAUCGAGACCCAGGAAGCCUCCUCGCCGACAGUCUUCUCAAUCAAAAAGUUCACGACCCUCAAGCGUCUUUCCUCCGUCACCAACAACGACCAGAAAUCCCAUGCCCGAAGAUAGCCGGAUUCCCAACCCCUCGCCCUCUUAUGGCUAUGGAGCAAUUCUGUCGCCAGGCUACACACCGUCACUGCCCUCUCCCACAUACAGCGCUUACGCCCCGCCACCUCCACAAUUCCCAGGCCCAUACUAUCCAACGGCACCUCAAUAUUUCGAGCCCUUCACCUCUUUGUACCAAAGUGUGAAUUCAAAUAGGCGUCCAUCCAACCAACCACCAGUGUCAUAUCGUACGCCAGUGACUCGACAGGACUACUCAGCAGACAGUGGGAUGUCUCCGGAUCGAACUCUCUCAGGUCGUCUCAUGGUCGACCCGCAAAAGUCCUCUCGCAACGUUGAUGAGGAUCGUGCGAGGAUGCCGCCACCACCACCACGACGCCCCGUGCAGUUGCUUGACCCCGAUGGACGCUCCAGAGCCGAAUUUGGCCCGAUCAAUUUCAACAGCGCGGGGCUUCCACCUCAGAUUCCCCAAGAGAGGCCACUGGUUGUCAAACCCGAGGUCAAGGAGGAGAAGAAGGGGGAGGAGAAGCGUGGCAAGAUUCGCAAACACCGCAAGUCGAGAGGUCCGCGGCACGCCAAAGACGAUGGCGUGAUGGUCGGCGACGAUGAGGUUUUCCAUUAUGGUGUUGAGCGACGCAAGUCUCUCCCACUGACUUCAUACGACUAUCGCCGUCUGGAUGAAGAUAAAGACUGGUACGGCCCCAGAAAUCUGGUUUCUUCUCCUCCCGGGAGGGCCAAAACGAAGACUGAAACGUCGAGUUCUCGGCUUGUGCCUCAUCGUACACCAACACCCGCUAUCUCUAUGGACCUGGAAGGUCUUGGGGAGGGUUACCAAGGGAAAGCUAGCAGUGCUUCUGCUAGUCUGACUGCCGAAGCUCUUCGUGCCUUCGAUAAACGUAUUUCAAGUUCAAAGUCGGAAACCGGCAGUAACUCUAGUCGGUCAUCAUCGCGGAACUCCUCUGAACGGGGCGAAAGCCAAACCACUGACACCAAGACAAGUGUCACUCUCCCCGGGACCACGACAAGUAUCACGCUGCCUGGAGGGUUUCGUCUGGCUAUACCGACCGGUUCCACGACAAGGGAUAAUCAAACUCUCACGACAAGGGAUCAUCAGACUCUCACUGUCAGUAUCGGAGGUCUGAUCUUGUCGGUGGGGCCCCCGAACGAAGAUAAAGACAGUGGGAACGCCGAGAAGGGAAAAAGGAUUGAACGUGCACCUAGUGUUGCAAGCCGCUCCUCGAAGAAGAACGACGUCAGUAAUCUCGUCUCGAGUCGAGAUACAAAGCAGAGCCGAGAGGGUUCGACUAGACAGACGAUGCUUCCGGAGUAA